UGAGACAAGAAAUGGUUCCACUGUCAGCUGGUAGUGAAGGGAGGAGGAAGAGGAGGAGGGAAGUAUUUGCACAUUUGUGGUCUUGGAAGCACUUGGAAAAUGGCUUUUCAAAAUGAGCUUCGAAGGAAGUAGGAGUCAAACAAAGGCUGUUCACAGCUUACUAAAUAUUGCCAGGCCUUUUUCUCUUAGCCAUCUGCUUUCCUAGUCUGCUUCAUUCCAAAUGUAACAUCUGAAGAGUUAGCACAGAUCGUCAAUGCUUGGCUACUUAGUCUGGGACCCGCUUGUCCCCUCCAGAUGGCUUAUGUUGUGCACAGGUUGUUAGCAACUGUAGUCAAGAUUGCAAGUCCUCCACAGAGCUGGUGACUGGUUUCUUUUGUUCUUGGGUUUUGAAGUUGUUUGUGCAUUAUUGACCCCCACCGUGGAUUUGCAUCUGACUUGGUUUCAGUAAUACUCCCUGGUUAGGCUUUGUGGGAACAUUUAUCCUUUUCUUUUGUCACUAAGCGUGACCCAAAGCAGGCACAUGACUGGCUUCCUAUAGGAAAGUCAGCAGUUAAGGCUGAUGCAUUCCUGAAUCAGAAAAGAAGGUGUUAAUCUUGAGCUGGUGGUAAGUGUGAUUUCAGCCUAGGCAGCUUGUUUCUAGGGGCCAAAUGGAUGUAAAGUUAGUAAUGAACUCCAUCCUUCCUUGCUCCCAGGGUAUCAGAGGAUCAGAUGCUGUUCCUUGGGAUGCUAAAACAGGUGGUCAGCAGGACAGCACAGAGCAAAGCCUCUAGCUGCCGGAAGCUUGUCUUGCCCUGGCAGUUUCUAGGCAGCUCCCAGCAUCGAGUCCCAGCAAAUGUCAACUUCCACUCCACCUCAUUCUCGGAAGCAGAGCCUCCUAGGGUUUUGAUCACAGGGGGUCUUGGCCAGCUGGGAGUAGGACUUGCUAACCUCUUGAGGAAACGAUUUGGGAAGGACAAUGUGAUCCUAUCAGACAUAAGGAAGCCCCCUGCUCAUGUCUUCCACAGUGGCCCAUUUAUUUACGCCAACAUCUUGGAUUACAAGAACCUUCGUGAGAUUGUGGUGAACCACCGUAUCAGCUGGCUGUUUCACUACAGUGCCCUGCUGAGUGCCGUGGGAGAAGCAAAUGUGUCGUUGGCCAGAGAUGUGAAUAUAACUGGACUGCAUAACAUUCUAGAUGUUGCAGCCGAAUACAAUGUGAGAUUGUUUGUGCCCAGCACGAUUGGAGCCUUUGGACCUACCUCUCCUCGAAACCCUACACCUGAUCUUUGUGUUCAAAGGCCUAGGACCAUCUAUGGGGUAUCCAAGGUCCACACAGAGCUCAUGGGAGAGUACUAUUAUUACCGGUAUGGGUUAGAUUUCCGGUGCUUGAGAUAUCCUGGAAUCAUUUCUGCCGAUUCCCAGCCUGGAGGAGGAACAACUGACUACGCAGUCCAGAUUUUCCACGCUGCAGCCAAGAACGGCACAUUUGAAUGCAACCUCAAGGCCAGCACCAGGCUCCCGAUGAUGUACAUCAGUGACUGCCUCAGGGCCACACUGGAAGUCAUGGAAGCCCCUGCGGAGUGCCUGUCCAUGAGGACCUACAACAUCAACGCCAUGAGCUUCACCCCCGAAGAGCUGGCCCUGGCGCUCCGCAAGCACGCGCCUGACUUCCAGAUCACCUACUGCGUUGAUCCUCUCCGACAAGCUAUAGCGGAGAGCUGGCCCAUGAUUCUAGAUGACAGCAAUGCAAGGAAGGACUGGGGCUGGAAACAUGACUUUGAUCUUCCAGAGUUGGUGGCUACAAUGCUCAGCUUCCACGGAGUCAGCACUAGAGUUGCCCAAGUGAACUGAAAGUGGAGGAGCAGCCCCCGUGUCCUCUCAGUACAAGGGACAUGGCAGUCACUAAGUUGGAGAACUGGACUGAGUUCUAGCUGCUCACAUGGAACUGCCGGUUGGGGUUGGAGGUCCUUUACACAUUGCCUUUGUUACACACACACACACAUAUGGUCCAAGUACAUAUGCCAGGGAAAUGAAGUCCUAAGUGGUGGUGGCUAGCUCUUGGAAUUUACAUCAUUUGUAUUAAUUAAAUUCAAUUUAAGCAUCA